AUGGCUGUCGGCAGGACCAAGCCAGCAAAGAUCGGGAACAGGUUAAUUCCACAGAUUCUGGACGAUCUCGCCGCUACAGAGCCUGAUCGCAUCAUUUACUCCUGGGCCAAAUCCUCGGACUUAUCACAGGGCUUCCGUCAUAUAUCUGCUCGUGAAUUCACAAAAGCGGUCGACAAGACGGCCUGGUUACUUCAGCGAGAACUAGGAGAGACCUCAGAGAUUCGUGCUGUGGGUUACAUCGGGCCUCACGAUCUCCGACAGAUCUUGUUGACAUUCGCCUGUAUCAAAGCCAACUACACCGCUUUAUUCCUCUCUCCAAAGAACAGUAUUGAGGGAGCUUUAGCCGUUCUCGAUGCGGCAGAUUGUAACAUCUGGGUCAACCCCGCUGGGGAGAGGCCAACACCACUCGUUGAUGACUUCCUGCAGAAACGUGCCAUGCACGUGAUGGACCUGCCCCUGUUGAGCGAGCUUCUUCCCGAAGAUGAGAGCGAAAUGGAGAACGUGAAGCCGUUCCCUUACGCGAAGCGCUGGGAAGACGCGAUAAACGACACAUUCUGCAUUCUUCAUACCUCGGGCUCAACCGGCCUGUCCAAGCCCAUAAAGUGGACACAUGGGUUGAUUGGUACGGUGGACGCUGUCCGACUGCUUCCCCCUCAUGAAGGGAUGGAGCCCUGGGCGAAAGGCUGGGAUGAUGGCGAUACGUUGUACUCGACAUUCCCGAUGAGCCAUGGAGCGGGUAUUCUGAUGGAUGUCGUUAUAGCGCCACUGUUUGGGCUACACUGCGUCCUUGGGCCUCGGGACGUGAUACCCAAUUUGGAACUCAUAUCGUCGCUGGCGGACCACAUCAAGAUCGACAUCUGGAGCAUGAUUCCUUCGCUCACUGAUGAGCUUGGGGAAGCACCCGACAUCUUGCCAAAGUUAAGCCGGUCGAAGUUUAUCUGUGCCUCUGGAGGACCUGUGAGCAGUGUUUUAGGCUCCAAGGUGAACGAGUUUAUUCGUGUCUUGAACCUAACCGGCACGUCAGAAGGUCUGUUCAUUGGCAACUUGUGGGUGGACAGACAAGAUUGGCACUGGUUUGCCUUUCACCCCUGGUCCGGCUUUGACUUUAAGAUGGUCGAGCCUGGUCUUUAUGAACAGUGGAUUCAUCGCAACGAACAUGCAGACCUUUUCCAGGGUCUCUUUCAAACCUUUCAAGAUGUGGAGAGUUUCAACUUCAAGGAUCUGUAUGUUCCGCACCCGACUAAGCCGGGCCUCUGGGCAUCUCACGGCCGCAGCGAUGAUGUUGUGGUCCUUUCGAAUGGAUACAAGAUCUCGCCUCUUGAUACAGAGGCCCUUGUCACAUCUCACCCGGCUGUUGAUGGCUGUUUGAUGAUUGGAUCAGGUAAGCCACAAGCUGGUCUACUCAUAGAGCUGAAAGAUCCAACAAUCAAAAGAGACGAUGACAACGCUGAAGCUCUCUUUAAUAGCAUCUGGGCAGUCGUCGAGAGGGCCAACUCCCUGUCUCUGCACAAGAACCAGCUGCACCGGGACUAUGUCGCCUUUUCUGAGGCGGACAAGCCGUUUAUCCGUACCGACAAGCGCACCAUCAAACGCCGGGCUACUAUGGCACUAUAUGAAGACUACAUCGAACGCUUCUACCAAUCGAGAACAGAGGAUGGUAACGAGGAUGAAGCUGCGACACUUGGUCUGCUCACAAUCGACACAACAUCCUUGGUGUCUACAACUCGCGCGGUUCGACAUGUGCUGGCUUCGAUUGUGCCUGCGGUCAAGGACGCUCCUGUGGACGCUGAUCUGUUUACUCUUGGGUUCGACUCACUGCUCGUCUUCCGCGCCACCAAGACGAUUGCGGCAGUUACAGAUCUUGGGGGAAAGUUCUCACCGAGGAACUUCUAUGCUGGUCCGACGAUUGAAGCGAUCGCUGCAACUGUCGUGCGACUAGCUUCUGAGCGCAGAGCGACCACGAUAGAUAGCACUGCUGCCUCAUCGCCGACAGAACAGCAGCAACAAGACCCAAAGGAAGCAAUGAUGAGCACACUCAUAAAUCGACACAAGGCUGUUCUAUCCUCCAAGCUGGGCCCAAUGGACCUUUUUGGAGGGAACAUGUACGAGGGCAUUAAUAUCUUCAUACCUCUCUGUCCAGGUGUUUCGUUUGAGCAGGCGUAUAAAGUGCUUCAGCGAGGUCUUGUUCGCGCGAUGGAGGUCGUGCCAGAUCUCGCAGGUAAAGUUAUACCGUGUUCGGAGCACGAGAUUGGAUACAAGAAAGGAGACCUACGCCUUAGCCUGCCUCCACUGCCAUCUACUGCCUUGGGGAUGACUGCUUCGGAGGAGCCACGGCAACUGCGUUUCCGCGACCUGUCUUCUGUGCUGCCAUCCUACGCCGAGCAAAAGGCCUCUGGAUUCUUGACCUCAGCUUACCCCGACGAGCUCCUGACAACGUGUCCGGCUUUUCCUUCCCUGCCUGCGGACGUGUGCAACAUCCAGGCCAAUUUCAUUGAGGGUGGUUGUGUGCUAGCCUUUAAUGUUCAUCAUCACGCUCUUGAUGGUGUCGGCCUAUUAAUCGCCCUGACAGUAUGGGCAGAAUGCUGCCGAUUCGUCCAGGGCGAUCAGUCUGCGACUUGCGCGUGGCUGCACCCCGAGAGCCUCAAUCGUGAUAUGCUAUCCGUCUUGUAUGAGCUGGAGGGUUUCGCGAAACCGGCAAGUGAAAUCGACCCGAAGGUGUGGGGUUUCCUACCAUACGCCGAUCCGGCGCUGAACGGCAAGGAUGCAACUGCAGCCAACGGACAUGGGACUAAGCCAAGAACCGAGAAGGCUCCUUCGUCUCGCAAUCUACCCGAACCGCCCCGUCUGCCUCCAUGUGAGAACUGGCCACCGAAAGCUCGUGCCGAUGGUCGCACGCUGUCAGCAUCAACCUUCGUCAUCUCGGCCGAGAAACUGAAGAGACUCCAGGCGAGUGUUGAGGUAGCUGAUCCAGAACGUCAAAGUCUCAACAACGAGUCAGGGUCACUAUCACUUGGCGAUGUACUGCAAGCCUUUUUCUGGCGCGCUGCAGUGAGGGCUCGUCGUCGUCCUGAGGGCGCUUCACCCGACGACACAUCCAUCAUCGAGAUGCCCACCGACGUCCGACCUUACUUCAGCGCGCACCUACCGCCAACGUACAUGGCCAACAGCGUCAUCAUGAACCGACAGCAAAUGUACGUCUCGAAGCUCUGCUCAUCCGAGACAACCAUUUACGAAAUUGCUCAAAUCUGUCGCGAGGCGCGUACUCGAAUUGAUCAAGAGCUUGUCCACGAUGCUUUCGGUCUACUUCAUACGAUCCAAGACAACAGUCCAGGAAACCACACAACAGCUUUCCUGGGCCAGGGCAUCCAGGAUGGUCCGCAUUCGCUCUUUAACAACAUGAUGCUCUUCCACGCAAAGGACAUAGGGGUCUUUGGCGGCAAUACGUUGGGUGCGCCCGAUGCUGUGAGGGUUCAGAUGGAUUGGCUGAACAAAGCCUUCAGGAGUCUGUUCAUUUUGCCGAUAAGAGAGGAUGGCGGUGUUGAGUUGUUGCUGGGGACUUUGCCUGAGGAACUGGGUGCUAUGAGAAAUGAUGAGGAGUUUAUGCAGUUUGCUGAAUUUCUGGGAUAG